AUCAUGUGCCGCCGGGCCAUUGCGCCUUCGUUUGUUCGGCUACGCCCAGGAGGGAUUGUUGUUGGGGCAAUAGGAGGACCGCCAUUGUUACUGUGUGCAGUAUGUAAACAUGUCCAUUUCAGGCAGGUGUGGCUCGAACCCCCGGUGCCGGCUGUCCAGGCGAAAUUCCUGGGCAAGCCCCGUACAGUUUCUGACGGUGGGGCUGGUGUUGCCAUGGGUCCGGUUUAUUGUCUGCCUAUUUUUGAUUUAUGGAUUUGAUGUUUUUGUAUGGAGAAGCAAUGGGUAUUGGGGCCGCGCAUCUAACAGAAGUUGGAUGAACCAAAAUGAGAACUGGCAGGGUCGGCCUAAGAAAUACGUCAAGAAGGCGUUGGAGGGUCAGUUAGAUUAUUGUGACGUUUAUUGGGAAAUGGUAAACUGUAAGAAAAUGGGACGCCAUCUUUUGAAAAUUCGAAGGGAUAAUUGUAUAGAUGAAAAGCCGACUUUUGGGAAAUAUGAAAGUAAAUCGUAGAAAAAAGUCGGCUUUUGAAAAAUCAAAACCAUUUUAAAAAUAUACAGGCGACUUUUGAAAAACCAAGGAGACCAUGGAAAAAAUAGAAGCAAAUAGAGAACUAAGAGAGAUAGUGGAAUACACGAAGAGUCAACUAGUGGAAAUUAGAAGCUGCAACCGAAUAGUUGAGAAGCCAACCACUAGAAAAGGUGCGGGGAAUUCAAAGUCAACCUUAGAUAAUAGGAGAACCUAGUAAUUGCUGGAGUCCAGAAAUGAGGGUCUAGUAAAGACAAGACAGCCACUUACUGGGAUGACAGUCUUAUAAAUGUAAGA